AGUAUGGAGUCAUCUUGUGAGCUGGAGGUUCUUGCAGUGUUUGAGAUCUUCUUUGGGAAUGCCAUCUGUAAAGACAAGAGCCUCCUCUACAUAUAAGAAGUGUUUGAUACAGACAGCUUCCCAGAGAAACAGAGAAUCUCUCCAGGAAAGAUGGCCAGCCGAAAAACGAAAAAGAAGGAAGGAGGUGCCAAGCGUGCUCAGAGGGCUUCCUCUAAUGUUUUCUCCAACUUUGAACAGACCCAGAUCCAAGAAUUUAAGGAAGCUUUCACCCUAAUUGACCAGAACAGAGAUGGAUUCAUAGAUAAAGAAGACCUAAAAGAUACCUAUGCAUCAUUGGGUAAAACAAAUGUCAAAGAUGAUGAAUUAGAAUCUAUGCUUAAAGAAGCUACAGGACCUAUUAAUUUCACCAUGUUUUUGAAUCUAUUUGGGGAAAAGUUAAGUGGCACAGAUACUGAAGAGACUAUAAUGACUGCAUUUAAAAUGUUUGAUCCAGAAGCUAAAGGCAAUAUUAACAAGGAUUAUAUGAAACGCUUAAUGAUGUCACAAGGCGAUAGGUUUUCAGCAGAAGAGAUGGAUCAGAUGUUUCAAUGCUCCCCUAUUGACUCGGCAGGAAAUCUGGAUUACAAAGCUCUCUGCUACACCAUCACACACGGAGAUGAAAAAGAAUGAAAAUCAUCAGCUUUAGGAAGUUGUGUUAACAUCUGUCACAUUAAUUAAACAAAAUGGCAAACAUGC